UCGGCGGGGACCGGCAGAUUUGCAUAGAGUUUCUCCAUCUCCUGAACUUCCUGUCAGGAUGUUUUUCUUUGGCGGGCAGUGUGGCCAUGCUGGCAGACCUGAAGAGAUUUUACUGACAGUCAAGAUAUUCCUUGUCAUUAUUUGUCUUCAGGUUGUUCUGGUUACAUCCCUGGAAGAGAAUGCUGAUAAUUCCAGUGUUUUACCACCAUCUGCUGAAUCAUCAUCUUUUGUUGGUUUUGUCCCCAACUCCAAUGAGGUUGAAACAACAAGCCUCAAUGAUGCUACUUCUAGUGUAUUAUCUACUUUAAACAAAACAGAAAAAACUAAAAUCACUAUAGUAAAAACCUUCAAUGCAUCAGUAAUCAAAUCCCAAAGUAUCUGCAAUUUGUCAUCUAUUUGCAAUGACUCAGCAUUUUUUAGAGGUGAGAUAGUACUUCAGUCUGAUGAAGGAAGCAACGUUACUCAGAGUCAAAAUAAGGUUAAUGACAAAACUGGAGUCCAGUCUCCAAGUGAACUGAAGAGAUCAGAGCUCAACAAAACCCUGCAAAACCUGAGUGAGACUUAUUUUAUAAUGUGUGUUACAAAAGAUACUCAAAGCACAUUAAAUUGCACAUUCACAAUAAAACUGCUUAAGACCAGGAACAUAUGUGACAUAAUGGUUGCUUUGAAAAGAGUUCACAUUCAGCCCAUGGAACAGUGCUGCUGUUCUGUCAGGAUAUCCUGCCCUUCCUCCCCGGAAGAGUUAGAAAAACUGCAGUGUGACCUGCAGGAACCUGUUGUCUGUGAUUUUGACCAUCCACACGGCCCAGCAAUUUCUUCCAGCAAUCCCAUCCCCUUUGCUCCUCAGACCACCAUUCUUUCCCAGAUCUCCAGUGUCUUCUCCUUAACUAGUGUUCUGGGUCAUUCACCUGUCACCCAGACCCCUCCCUCUGGGACAGGAAGGAUUUAUUUUUCUUCUCCCCAGCCAUCAGCAUCCAUAGCUUCCAGCCCUGCCAUUGAUAUGCCCCCCCAAUCCGAAACAAUCUUUUCUCCUACGCCCCAAAUUGAUCUUUCCCACACCCUGCCACCUGUGACAUCCUCACUACCCUCUUCCACCACAUCUGCCCCUGUGAAUGUCAUCGAGAUUGGCACAUCUGCUGACAAGACAGAAGUUGUUGAUAUUACCAGCAUCAGUGUGUCUGAUCUUGAGGAUGAAGUGUCCAAGAUGGAGAAGAUUCUAUCCGUGGGCUGCUUGGCACCUAAUCUCGCAGAACAAAUGAUAAACCAAGUCAGCAAACUCCUUCGUUCCCCUCCUGCCUUGCUGGCCCCGCUGGCCCAAAGAUUGCUGAAAGUAGUGGAUGACAUUGGCUUACAGCUGAAAUUUGUAAACAAGACCCUAAGUCUAACCUCCCCUUCUUUGGCUUUGGCCGUGAUCAGAGUGAAUGCUAGUAAUUUCAACACAACUACCUUUGCUGCCCAAGACCCUGAUUAUCUUAAGGUCACUCUGGAAACCCAGGCUCCUGAGAAUAGUAUUGGCAUUAUUACUCUACCUUCAUCACUGAUGAGUAACUUACCAGCUGGUGAUAUGGAGCUAGCUUCCCGGGUGCAAUUCAACUUUUUUGAAACACCUGCCCUGUUUCAGGACCCCGCCCUGGAGAACCUCUCUUUGAUCAGCUAUGUCAUAUCAUCAAGUGUUGCAAACCUGACCAUCAAGAAUUUGACAAGGAACGUGACGAUCACAUUAAGGCACAUCGACCCAAGCCAGGAUGACGUAACAGUGAGAUGUGUAUUUUGGGAUUUGGGCAGAAACGGUGGCAAAGGAGGCUGGUCAUCCAAUGGCUGCUCUGUCAAAGACAGAAGGCUGAAUGAAACCAUCUGUACCUGCAACCACCUUACAAGCUUCGGAGUCCUGCUGGAUCUAUCUCGAACAUCCUUACCACCUGCUCAGAUGAUGGCUCUGACAUUUAUUACAUAUAUUGGUUGUGGGUUUUCAUCAAUUUUUCUGUCAGUUACUCUGGUAACCUACAUAGCCUUUGAAAAGAUCCGAAGGGAUUACCCUUCCAAAAUCCUCAUCCAGCUAUGUGCGGCUCUGCUCCUCCUGAACCUGGUGUUUCUCUUGGACUCUUGGAUUGCUUUGUAUGACACGCGAAGCCUCUGUAUCUCAGUGGCUGUAUUUCUGCAUUAUUUUCUCUUGGUCUCAUUCACAUGGAUGGGCCUGGAAGCAUUCCAUAUGUACCUGGCCCUUGUGAAAGUGUUUAAUACAUAUAUUCGAAAAUACAUCCUUAAAUUCUGCAUUGUUGGUUGGGGGGUACCAGCUGUGGUUGUGAUCAUCAUCCUGAUUAUAUCCCCAGAUAAUUAUGGUCUUGGAUCCUAUGGGAAAUUCCCCAACGGCUCUCCUGAUGACUUUUGUUGGAUCAACAGCAAUGCUGUGUUCUAUAUUACGGUUGUGGGAUAUUUCUGUGUGAUAUUUUUGCUGAACGUCAGCAUGUUCAUCGUGGUCCUGGUUCAGCUCUGUCGAAUUAAAAAGAAGAAGCAACUGGGAGCCCAGCGUAAAACCAGUAUUCAAGACCUCAGGAGCGUUGCUGGCCUUACGUUUUUACUGGGAAUCACCUGGGGCUUUGCCUUCUUUGCCUGGGGACCAGUUAAUGUCACCUUUAUGUAUCUCUUUGCCAUAUUUAAUACCUUACAAGGAUUUUUCAUAUUCAUCUUUUACUGUGUAGCAAAAGAGAAUGUCAGAAAACAAUGGAGGCGGUAUCUUUGUUGUGGAAAGUUACGGCUGGCUGAAAAUUCUGACUGGAGUAAAACUGCUACUAAUGGCUUAAAGAAGCAGACUGUAAACCAAGGAGUGUCCAGCUCUUCAAAUUCCUUACAGUCAAACAGUAACUCCACCCACUCCACCACGCUGCUAGUGAAUAAUGAGUGCUCAGGACUCACGAGCGGGAAUGGGAAUGCUUCGACGGAGAAGAAUGGUGUUUCUUACAGUGUUCAGAAUGGGGAUGUGUGUCUUCAUGACUUUACUGGAAAACAGCACAUGUUUAAUGAAAAAGAAGAUGCCUGCAAUGGUAAAAGCCGUGUUGCUCUCAGAAGGACUUCAAAGCGCGGAAGUUUACACUUUAUUGAGCAAAUGUGAUUCCUUUUUCUAAAAUCAAAGCAUGAUGCUUGACAGUGUGAAAAUGUCCAGUUUUACCUUUUACACAAUGUGAGAUGUAUGAAAAUCAACUAAUUUUAUACUCAGCAACCUCUGGAGGAGCAUAAGCUAAUUGAAGGCAAUGGUUACUAUCGGAAGAGGAAACCAAGACAUUUUACCAUGGUUUUUAAGACAUUUGCUAUUUGGUUUCUUCUUCAUUUCAAAAGAAGAUUGGUUUUUAAACAAUACACUAAGACUAAAAAAUAAGUAAAUAAAAGCAGUUCAUUUCCCACCACCUUUUAAGGCGGUUAUCUUUGAUAACAUGUAAAGCAACUGUUGACUUCAGCCUGUUGGUGAGUUUAGUUGUGCAUGCCUUUGUUGUAUAUAAGCUAAAUUCUAGUGACCCACAUGUCAAAAACCUUACUUCUACAUUGUUUGUAUUUAUUUUCUAUUGUGUAAAUUGAUUUCUUUGUAGAAUUGUGGUUGUGUUGUUGUGUCUAAUGUGAUAAUUCAGAAAAUGCUUGCUCGUUCAGUGAAUUUUGAAACUCCUUUUGGAGAUUAUAUGGGAUGUGAAGCACAGAAAUUCACUGAAAUUAAGAAAUAAUGAUGACAGCCAGUUUAGAAACAUGUAAGCAGACAGUGCGACAAUGAGCUCAUACAGUGCCUUUGACUAAAAAGGUGACCAGGAAAAGGUGCCCCCUUGGGCAGACACAGCCUUGUGGGCUCAUAUGCUGACGAAUAGAGCGGGGUCAUAUUUUAGUUCCACUCACCCUCUUCAGUACACUUUGUGCAGGACACAACCUGCACAGCUGUACAUGGCAUUCAGUACCGAUACCGUCGCUUGACUUCAUCUCUAAUCAUCAGGGUAUGGGAUCAGCUCCAAGAUGUCUAACUUAAUACCUUGGCCUCAGAGAAGGGUGGGACUGUAAUCAAGACCACAUUCGGGAAAAUUGUGACUGUGGAGGAGAAUACAGCCACUGCCAUUUCUCAGAUCGCUAGAGCCUGUCUAAAAGGGAGAGUAGAGUAGGAUUACCCUUUAAAAGAGACGUUACAAGGAAAUAGCAUUGUUGUCUUUAAAGGGUAACUUUAAAGAUUGGAUGUUGGGUCUGGUCUGUUCUGGACCUGCCAGAGUUACAUUAUUUCUAAGUGGUGUCACCUCUUGAAGAGUGUAUAGUGACAAGACGAGGGGGAGCAGCUACCAGGAAUGGUGACUAGCCUGCAAUGCUGUUGUUUCCAUAUGUAUCAAACCCUGAUUGCUCCACUUACAGAGAACCUCCCUUGCUUCCCACCUACAGCUACUUGAGCAGUGCUUCAAGUAUGUCGUCAUAAGGAACAUUUCAAAACCCUUAAGUGAGGUCUUUCACUUAAGUUCCCUUGCAUAUCUUGCAAGUGAAUGUUGUAUCCCAGACUAAUCAUAAUAAUGUAAUACACUUCUGUGAGUGCUGAUUUGUCUUUGCAAUAUUUCUUCUCUGAUUUA